AUUUACAUAUAUACUUGUAUAUAUAAAAUGGAAGACACUUCUCCUUCCUUACAACCUAUAUUUACACUCUAUGAUGCAAUAACAGACUCACCUGUAUUUCGAACGAAUACUUGUUAUUAUGAACAACAAUUAGAUCAUUUAGAACAUUGGUUAGAUUCCUUUUCUCGUCAUUUGAAGCAAUAUGCCGAAAAGUUAAAAAAAUUAAACUCGGAAACAAUUAUUUUAUGUCAGAAAAUGAUUCCAAAAGGUGAUGAAAUAUCAUUGAUAGGCACUCUAUUCUCUACUGCAGUUAUACAAGGUUUCUCAGAUGCCUUACAAUCAAGCUUGACAUUCAAGACAAAUUUUAUUUCUAAUUUAGAAGAAAGUCUAGUCACACCUCUUCAACAAUUCGUCAAGACUCAUCUCAAAGACUUUAGAUCCUUUCACAAACAAUAUCAAAAAUCCCUUGAACGUUAUGAAUCACAGUUAGCUAAAUACAGUAGUAUCAAUAAGUCUAGAGAUCCCUCAUCUAUUCGUGAAGAAGCAUUUAGACUACAUGAGGUACGCAAAGAAUACACUCAUCUAUCGUCCCAGUAUGUUAUCAGAGUAAUCGAGUUUAGAUCUUUGCUAGAGCACUGUUUAGUUGAACGGUUUUCAACUGCUACAGUGACAAAGCAAGAGUUCUAUAAGGACAUUGAGGUUUGGGCUCAUCUGAACACGGCCAUCUCAUACUGGAAACAGUGGUUGCUAGAUGAUAAAAUGACAUGUGCAUAUCAACUCUAUUAUCAACGAAAGGCCUCUAAGCAACUUGAAGAGGAAUACAUAAGGCUGAUGGCACCAGAUCGUGAUAUUGGCAAGUAUAUAACCACGCCUGAUUCACAGGAUAUGUUGUCUAACCUGACACACUCUCAAUGGGGCUAUCUCUUCUUAAAGACCUCAAAGCAUUCAUGGUCACGUAGAUGGGUUUAUGUACAUGCUGGUCAAUUCGGCAUAACUCAACUUGAUUCCUCCAAAGUGAUAAGUAAAAUUCGUGUCCCUAUAAGCGAAUGCAAAGUUGAACAGCGAGGAGAUAUGGAUCGCCGCUUUUGUUUUGAUGUCAGGGCCAGGACAACGGUUUAUACUUUACAGGCAGAGACAGAGGAGUCAUUACGGAUCUGGUUGCGUGCCUUUGAGGCCCCCCCUCAAACUGAUUUAGACUUGGUAAAGUCACCCACGCUCAUCAUUCAACAACAUGGUAAUUUGGAAACAUCCAUCGAUAGUUCAUCCGUCAAUAAUUCCAAAAGUUAUCCUGAGGAAGGCACAUCGAUUGUCAUGGUUUCUACAACACCUGAUACGGAAGCGACAUUAUCUAAUUCAUCCUCAUUGACACCCUUAUUAGUCUGGAAGGCAGCUGGUCAAAUUCCGGUUUCUUUAGGUACUUGGGGGAUCCCUCGAUCGCUUAUACCCGCUGUACCAAUGGAUGCUGUACCAGUCAAUACCACAUUGGCUGAUCAGGUAAUUUGGCCACCGGAAACGAAGCAAAUGUCUGAAGAGGAAAUAAAAGGAUUUGAUGAGGAAAUGAAAUUGCAUAAUAGAGAGUUGAGAAAUUUAUUUGAAGGUGUAAAACCGAAUGAAAUGGUAUUAGAUGUUUUUAUUGGAUGUUUAAAAAAAAGACCUCAAAGUGUCGAUGAUAAUACAGAUAUUGAAUCACCUUCCAAGUAUGGAUAUGCUUAUGUAGGGUACGGUUUUAUUACAGAAGAUGCCUUUUGGUUUUACAGUUGUAUUUUGACGACGUGUAUUAACUCAGUAGUAGUUCGUCUUAAGGAUAUUUUGUCUAUUAAUAUAGUUGAUGACAAACAUGAACGUAUUCUUCUACUCAAAACAGAAAACAAUAAUGAGUCACUUGCAUUUAGCACCUUUGUGGAAGAUAUAGAAAUGAUUGCCAAAAAACUCAAAUUGGCUAUUCAAUAUGCCAAAUCAACCGGCAUACAUACACAAACACUCUAUGAGGAAAUGAAAGCUAUCAAUACAGCGUCACAUCAAAGUGUUAUGAUUAAUUUACCUAAAUCGUUCAAGAGUGCAAUAACAUCGUUAUCAAAAAAGAGAAGGGCAGCCACAAUAAGUGCUCCAGAGAAAACCGAACAGACUUCAUUAGUAUCACGACAUCGAGGAGGAUCAGAACCUAUCAAACCUAUCGCGACGGUAAAAGCGCUCUUACCUGAUCCAAAUUUGCCACCUGAGCAUAUCCAAUGCCCAAAUGAACCCGUUUCUUGUAACUGUGAUGAUCAUCUCGACCGUCUUGAAUGUCAAAUUACAUUACCUAUUUCUGCAAAACGGCUUUAUGAAUUAAUGUUUAGUGAGGAGCAGAGUAAUGGGGGUGUAUGGGCAAAAAAAACAGAAGCUAUCGAAGGACAUGAUUUGACAGUUUCUAAAUGGUAUACAGAGAAUGGAAAAAUGCAACGUUUAUUGAAAUACUGGAUGCCAGUAAGCAAUCCAAUUGUGCGUAUGAAAGAAGCAGAAGUUGUUGAAACACAAAUCUUGAUUCAAAAGAAUGAUUAUAUUUGUUAUACAGUACAAAUCUCUACCAAAACAGCUGCUUUACCUUAUGCAGAUGCGUUUAUUCCUUCUGUAAGAUAUUGUAUUACAUGGGUUAGUCAAUCCGAAUGUCAAUUAUCAUGCUACUUGGGUGUUCGAUGGACUCAAAGAGUGCUUGUACGAGGUAUUGUGACGAAAGCUGCACUAAAAGGUAUGGCAGACAGCAUUCAAGUAUUUAUACCUAUUUUGAAAAAUGCAGCAGAAGAGAUUAAGAAUAAGGUGAAUGAGAUGCAAUAUCAAGUGGAACAACAUAAUAAAAAACUAUUGAAUCAGCAAGACUAUAAUAACUCAAAGGAUCAAGAAUAUAAACUAGAGGAACCAAUAGUGUCUGACCAAAGCAAGAAGUUAGAUGAGGAUAGGAAUGUAAAGCCUCAGAAAGAAAUGGCAGCCACAAUAUUAACACCAAAGAAGCAAUUACAAAUACCUGAAUUACCUCCUAUUACCACAAUAACAAAAACAGAACAAAAAGCAGAAGAGUCUGUUGCAAAAGCUACUAUAAUGCAACCAGCUACAAACAAGGAUACAGCUAUCGAACACAGACAUGCCGAAACAACAUACUGCCAAAAAACGGAUAGCAAUAACAGCAAGCAAUGGCUUGAAAAGUUCUUUGGUCAAUAUACUAUUGAAAUACUUGUCGCUAUUAUUUCUGUACUUUUAGUUUACAUAAUAGCAACACGUUUUUGGUGGCAACAAAACAAUAAUAAGCCUGUGUUAUUAGCAACACAAGAAGUAUCUCGUUCUGUUUAUUUACGUGAUCUUAAUGAAGGAUUUUUAAAUAGUGCACCCUUGCCGCCCUAUGCAGAAUCAGAAAGUUAUAAAGCGUUUUUAGAGGCAACAAAACACCGUGAUACCGCAUGGUAUAGCAUAGAACAUUAUCAACUAGCUACUGAUCUGGAAUUUAGCCGAAAACAACUAGCAAUGCUACGCUGUAAUUUGCUAACCUCUUUUCAAAUCUUAAAUAAACUUGACACCCAAUUGGUUGAACAAGCUUAUGUGAAUUGGAUGCUGGAUACACGGCUUAAAUGCAAACUUGAAUCAUUGUUAGAGAAUGAUCGAGGAGAACAAGCUAAAAUGAUUUGUCAACAUGUGCAAGAACAAUUAGAUGUAUUAUACUUUAAAAAAAAUAAAAUAAAUUUUAUUGAGGAUGAAUCAUAAGUUCAGGUCUAACUGUAUCAUCA